CACUUUGACAGUUGUUGAACAAUAAUAAUUAAUUAAUUAAUUAUAAUAGAUAAUACUUAAUAAAAGCCAUUAUCUUUGUCUGUAAUAUAAACCGAGUGUGAAUUUUUAUAGUGGGUUCACUUUUUGGGUGUACAAUUGUUAUUGGAAUACAUAAAAUUAAGUGCAAUAAAAUGGAAGUAAAGCAAGAAAUUAGCGAGGAAACGUGUAAAAUAGAAAUAGUGUAUAAUGACUUAGAUUUAGAUGAUGCUCUUUUGGACGACUUUAAAAGUGAAAUUCAGGAGGAAUCCAAUGGGCAAAGUACACAUGACACUUGCGAUUCUUUAAACCAAAAGAAUUUUCCCAUGCCUACAGAAAGAGAACAACAUGGAAAUAUACUUAACCCAUUUGAAGAAAACCAAGACACUGAAAAAGGAUAUCUGCAAGAUGGAAACAAAGUGCCAGUUAUGGAGAAACUCAUCGAAGAUUCAUCUUACAAAGGAAAUGAUACGAGUCGACAGACUGAAUCAAAAACAUUAAGAAAAAAUAUGAAAGCUACGACGGGAAAAAGACCUUACAAGUGUGAAAUUUGUUUCAAAAAGUUUAUUGUUAAAAGUCAUUUAAAAAGACAUUUGAGAACGCACACUGGAGAAAAACCUUACAAGUGUGAAAUUUGUUUCAAGCAGUUUAUUGCUAAAGGUCAUUUGAAAAAACAUUUGAGAACGCACACUGGGGAAAAACCUUACAAGUGUGAAAUUUGUUUCAAGCAGUGUUCUGACGCAAGUAAUUUGAAAGUACAUUUGAGAGUGCACACCGGAGAAAAACCUUACAAGUGUGAAAUUUGUUUCAAGCAGUAUUCUAAUGCAAGUAAUUUAAAAAAACAUAUGAAAUCUCACACUGAAGAAAAACCUUACAAGUGUAAAAUCUGUUUUAAACAAUUUAAUGCAGAAGAAAAGUUGAAAAAUCAUUUGAGAAUACACACUGGAGAAAAACCUUACAAGUGUGAAAUUUGUUUCAAGCAGUGUUCUAACGCAAGUAAUUUGAAAGUACAUUUGAGAGUGCACACCGGGGAAAAACCUUACAAGUGUGAAAUUUGUUUCAAGCAGUUUAUUGUUAAAUGUCAUUUGAAAAGCCAUUUGAGAACGCACACUGGAGAAAAACCUUACAAGUGUGAAAUUUGUUUCAAGCAGUGUUCUGACGCAAGUAAUUUGAAAGUACAUUUGAGAGUGCACACCGGGGAAAAACCUUACAAGUGUGAAAUUUGUUUCAAGCAGUUUAUUACUAAAGGUCAUUUGAAAAAACAUUUGAGAACGCACACUGGGGAAAACCUUACAAGUGUGAAAUCUGUUUUAAGCAAUUUAGUGUAGAAGAAAAGUUGAAAAAUCAUUUGAGAAUACACACUGGAGAAAAACCUUACAAGUGUGAAAUUUGUUUCAAGCAGUGUUCUGACGUAAGUAAUUUAAAAGUACAUUUGAGAGUGUACACCGGGAAAAAACCUUACAAGUGUGAAAUUUGUUUCAAGCAGUUUAUUACUAAAGGUCAUUUAAAAAAACAUUGGGGAAAAACCUUACAAGUGUCAAAUUUUUUCAAGCAGUGUUCUGACGUAAGUAAUUUGAAAGUACAUUUGAGAUUGUACACCGGGGGAAAACCUUACAAAUGUGAAAUUUGUUUUAAACAAUUUAGUGUAGAUGGAACUUUGAAAAAGCAUCUAAGAAUACACACUGGAGAAAAACUUUCAUUGUCAUAAGUAUCUCGACAAUCCGUUGUGGAUCUUGGCCUGCUCGCAAAGAAGUCAACACUCCUGUCGAUUCCUGACAACUUACCUCCAUCUUCUGACCCUUAAGCCGGACUCAAACGACUCGUGUACUUCGCAAGUACAGAAUUAUUCGCAUACUUGGAAAGUAUACGAGUGUGCGAUUGCAAUGACAAACAGGGCACUCACACGACGUGUACAAUGUACAAGUACGCGAGCGUAAACAUUUAUCUUAACGACCUUGACAAAUGAAUCAGUGGUAUUGAUUACUAAUAAAUAGACCAGGACAUUUAUGAAACAAUAAGGGCCGGUUGUUCGAACGCUAAUCAACAAUGAUCAUUAUCAAAUAUUUAAUUACUGUAACGAACUGUCAAUGUCAACUUUGUUUGGGUUGCUGAAAACAUAAUUGAUUACAAUUAUGAAAUUACUUAAUCAAUUAUGUUAAUAAUUGUUAUGUUAAUUGAUCAACUAAUCUCAUAAUUAUAAUAAAUUAUGUUUUCAGCAACCCAAUAAAAGUUGGCAUUGACAGUUUUGGUGACAGUAAUUCAAUAUUUGAUAGGGAUCAUUGUUGAUUAGCGUUCGAACAACCGGCCCUAAAUCGAUAUUUAAAUACAGCACGUAGAAAGUUACAACUUUCUUCAUUGUGUUCAGGAUGACACCAGUAAAAAGUCAACAAUAGAAACAUGGCUCGAAAUGCAUAGUUGCAUUUUAAAGUGCAUGAUCCCAGGCAACCAAACGACGUUUUUAUAACGUAGAUAACACGUCAUAAAAAUGACCAAUUGACGUGUUUCUAUGACGUAGUAUCGACGUUGAAAAUCACGUGUAUUUGUCUCAUCGAUUUGACGUCAUAAUUGUGACGAUUUUAAAACGUCUAAAAGGUGACGUCUUUUAUACGUCGGUAAUAUUCACGUCUUUAAUACUUUCAAAAAGUGACCUCUUUCAGAUGUUUCAAAAUAGGUAGUAUAAAAAAUAGGUAACAUGAAACCUAUAGGUCUACGUCUCAUGUGUCGAUGAAGAUAUACUACUAUUUGUUUAAGAUCGCUUGUGCAUUAGAAGUAAUCUAACAUUGAUUCUGCAUGAUUGUACCAGCCCUCGCAUUAUAGAAUUUUCACUAUUUAUAUAAGUAUACCUACUUACUGUGUCAAAACUGAAAAAACAUACAAACUAAUAAAUAAUUUAUUAACAAAUUACUCGAUAAAAGUCGAUAACACAUAAUUAGUUCAUUAACAGAAAAUAAACAUAACCUCAAACAGUUGUCAAGAAGAAUACUGCAUUAAACUAACUCACUGAGCAAAAACGAAUACAAAUCUCUUAAUUAACACGUUUCUUCAACUAAAUAUCUAAACGAAAAGUCUUAUUUUAUCACACAAGACACAAACCACGUAAACAAUAAAUGAGAAAUUUAUUAUGAAAAUUAUUUAACGAAAUUGUUUGGAGUAAUACAAACAAGCUCCUCCCAAUUUUGUGACGUCAGACUUAAACUGUCUGAAAAGAAAACGUUUUUUAAACGUUACUUUAACGUCAUUAAUCUUACGUAUUUAAAGUCACCUACAAAAGACGUCUAUAUGACGUAAUUUUCAAAUACGUGUAUAUAUUCAACCAAAACUGACGUUUCCUCGACGUUACAUGACGUCAGUUGGUUGCCUGGGAUAUGCAUCCAAAGUGCACAAACAUGUCAAAAUAAGUGUACUUGAGGACGAAUACGCCAUCAGAACUGACCAUCGGGGCACCUGGUGUCCAGGUUCACUGCUAAGGCACGUCAUCUAAAGUUUAGAGGGUUUUCGUCACUAAAUUUAUGCAAACAUAUUACUCGGGAGUUUUUGGGGUAGCUGAGCAAAAAUACGCCAUCAAAACCGACCCCCGUUGCACCUGAUGCCCAAAAACCCUCCAAACUCCUGAAAAUAACAUGCCUUAGCAUUGUGUACCAGGUGGUCGGUUCUGAUGGCGUAUUCGUAUUCAGCGACCCCAAAAACCGCAAGAAAAUGUUAUAAAAGAUAGAAAGUUAUAGAAAUAUAGUAAAUAAAUGUAAAUGUGAAGAAUAAAGGAAAGGUCGGUACAAUAUUUUAUUUGUUAAAGAUCAUUUAAAUUAUUUAAAUAAUUGAGUAUCAUGUAUGUACAGGCAAGCUAAUGUUCAUUUGCAUUGCAUAUUUACAGAACAGAAGGAAAAAAAGGAUAAAAAGAGAAAAAGCAGAAUAUAAAAAAAUAAAAUUAUUGGCUUUAAAAAUAAAACUAAUAGGCCUGGAUACCGCGCACCAAAAAAAAUUUAUUAAUAGCAAGCUGAAAAUUUGGUAAUAGCUUAAUGGUGUCUAGUCGGACAAACUUUGAUGUACGGGAACACUGGAACAGGGGAACUUUUAAUUAUUGUGGAACAGUUUAAAAAUUUGGAAAGUCAGAUUACGAAAACAUCCAUGUAUUUUGUCAGACAGAACAUCCAAUUGAUUUGUUACCCUUUCAUUAAACUCUCAUGUAAAAUCAGACUGCUAUUACUAACCAACAUGAUUCCUGUCAUUUAACAUGUUCUUCGUGUUCCACUCAUUAAAAUGCCCAGUUGGUGAUAAACACCAACACCAGUCUGAUAUUUGCAUGAAAUGGUAACAAAUCAAUUGAAAGUUCUGUCUGACAAAAUAUGUGGAACAUUUUCAUAGUCUCGACGCUCCAAAUUUUUAACCUGUUCCACAAUUAGAACUUCCAGUGUUCCCAUACAUCAAAGUUUGUCCAACUAGACACCGUUAAGCUAUUAACAAAUUUUCAGCUUGCUAUUAAUCAACUUUUUUUGGUACGUGGGAUCCAGGUAUAUAAAAAAAUGGGAUAAACUACAAUAAAUAAAAAGUUUAACACAUUCAUUUUGCUUUUAUUAAUAAAUAUAUUUACAAUCUACCAGUGUUCAUUUAUUAAUACUUAUUAUUUAGUGUUAUAUUGUUUUCUGAAAUAUUUUUAUUAUUUUUUAUCGGUUGUAAUUAUUCAUCGUUUACUUCAUCUUCAGUUUUAUUCACAGGAAAAUUGUCAUCCAUAUCAAUGUCAGUAUUAUGAAGCACUCUAGUUGCAACAAUCACAGUCAUGUUGUCUAAUUGUAGUCUCAUUUCUAAGCCGAGUAUAGGAAAUCUUCAUUUCCACAAUCCAUAUUGCUGUUCUACUACAUUCCUUGUUCGUCAUUGUCACCAACCAAUAUGUAAUGGCCAAAGAUACCACUUUCAAAAUUCAGGGGCUAGGGUCACACAAACAUAACUACAUUAAACUUCUUAUUUAAGAUUCACACGAACGUAUGUCCACCUGCUUUAGUUCUGAUUUGCACAUGCAUACUUAGGUACAUAUAACGUUCAGUUACCGUAACCCUAAUAUUUCUGUAGACGAAAAUAAAACAAAAUGUAGCUAUGUUUGUGUGAUUUUAAGCUCCUGAAUUAUGCUUCAGCCUACUAUUAUUAAAAUUGUCUUAUUUGAUGGCCACAGUACAACAAUAUCUCUAAUUUUAAAUUUUGCAUCACUGGACAUUCAAUGCAAAAAAUGAUUUUCUGGACCUGAAAAUUUCUGCAUCCUGAACACCUGCAGAAUCUAUUUUAAUUAAAGUAUAACCCAUUGCACUCAUUAUUCUAGGGAAUACAGCAAUCUUGUAAGAAUCUUCAACAGCUUUCCAGCUCUUGAUGAUUCUUGCAAUUGUAAAGGAUACUAUUUUUAUAAUUCUACUUGCUGAAUCUCUGGACACUGCCUUAAAAUCAGCUACAUUUAAUUGCAUACUUCCUGAUGCAUAAAAUCCAACAGAAUUUGUUGCAUGGGAGUAAUGUAUCCACCUCUAAAAUAAAUAAACAGCAUUGUUUUUACUUAAUAUCAACAAAUUUUUAGUCACUUACCUAAUAGUGAAAGUUAUUUGAUUUCCUAUUUAAGAAGGCACAAAACUGUUUGUUUUCAACCUAAAUCUUUGAUAAAAAUCCAGAUCAUCAUAAUAAUAUUAUUAUUGUUCAAAACAGUUUGUUCUUAAUCUGUUCUGGUUCAUUUUUGGUCUUCUGAAUACAAUAAAUUUCUUGAACUAGACGUUUAAAGAUUAUACAUAAUUGUGCUUUUAAAGUACAAUUAAUUAAUCCUAGUAAUAAUAUAAUAUGUUAUUAUUGACUGUAAAGUUAACCUUAAAAGUUAAAUACAAAAACAACAAAACAUGAAAACAAAUACAUACUAUGAAAACAACUGUUUUCUUUUCAACUCAACAAAAUAGGUUUAAAGGAGAGCAAGUCUCUAGGUGGUGUAUUUAAAAAUCGAUUUAUUCCGGUGUUUUUAGUGCUAAAUGCACUGGUCUAAUGAAUAGUCGCAGUAAAUGCCAAUUAUUUAUACAUUUCGUUUGACCGCCUCUGCAAGUAUAGACAAGUAUGUACUUCGCAAGUGUGCGAAUAAUCGUGAUCCCUUUGACUCGGGUCUUUUUUACCGACAACAGUUGGAAGACGAACGAGUGGCAACGAGUGACAAAUAAUUGUACGAGUAACUCACUCAGACGACAUGGCAAGUAUACGCAAGUGACGAUUAUUCAUGUUGUCGUAUGAGUCCGGCUUUAGAAUUUUUAGAUCUUCUCAUCUUUAGGUCUACAUAAUCAAUCCAUCUUCUUCAUGGCCGUCCUCUACUUCUAGUCUGGAAAGCCAAGACCGAUAAAAUACAUUCAGAAUGUUUACUCCAUUGUGGCAAAUAUGCUAGGAAAUAGCUGGAUGAUUUCUACACAGAUAUGUUAAAAUCAGGAGAAAUCCCCCAUUCACUAAAAAAGACAUCCAUUAUAGCCAUAUUAAAACCAUGAAAAGCAAAUGAUCAACCCAAAAACUACCGACCGAUUGCACUGCUGAGCUGUGUCUAUAAACUAUUGGAACACUUAAUCUACAAAAGAAUUAGUAAAAACAUAUUUAGGUUAAUACCAAUUGAGCAAGCAGGGUUCAGACCUAACCGCAGCUGUACAGAUUAGAUUCUAUCCCUAACAACACAUAUUGAAGCAGGUUUUGAAAGAAAGCAAAAAACAUCCGUUGCUUUCAUUGACCUAUCAGCUGCAUACGACACAUAGACAAUGAGAAUGAUCUCAGGUACAAUUCGACCAACACCGAACUAUUAGCUUCCCAUUCUGAGUCACAUUCCACCACCGAAACUAAGAAGUCAUUCUCUUCUCAGAGAAUAUCUAAAAAUUGAGGCUAACUAUCAACUACUUAUAUAUUCUACCAUGAUAAGCUUGAUAUCGAAAUGAACAGACUACGCUCCAUAUAGCCUCCAUUGUUAAGGGCCACCUCCUUACAUCAGGAACAUUUCAACCUCACCAACGCUUGGAGAAGACAAUGGGAGAGCGACUCACCACAGGAAGCACACCAAAUGGCCUGUAUAGAUCAGAAACCGCCAGGCUUUGAACUGCCCCGCAACUUAUGGACAACGCUAAACAGAAUAAGAACAGGUAGCGGUAGAUGUGCUGACAGCUUGCAUAGAUGGGGAAAAGCCCUUACUCCUGAGUGUGACUGGUGCGCAACGACAGACCGUCCGUCACAUUGUUGAAGAAUGCCCCCGAAGGCGAUUCCCUGGAGUUUUCGAUGAGUUCCUGAAUACGACCGAAAAUGUUUUACAUUAUAUUAAUACAUCAGUUGUUCGUUUGUGAUACUUCAUGUAACUUUUUAUUUUAUUUUUUUUACAAUAAAUUUGAGCAGGGGUCGUAAAACCCAUAUGCCCAUUUGACUACAA